AUGGGCUAUAUUGCACCUGAGGUUUUAUCUAGGAAUUUUGGGACUGUAUCACAUAAAUUAGAUGUAUUUAGUUUUGGAAUGUUACUAUUAGAAAUUGUUGCAAGGAGAAAGAAUAUUGAUACUACAGUGGAGAACACAAGUCAAAUGUCUCGUCGAUCUUCUAAGGGCAAAGACAUUGUUACUGAUGAUCCAUCAACCCCAGUGGCUAAAAGGACUCGACUCUCAUCUCAGUCAUCUCAAGACUCCAAUUUGGAGAGGUUCAGAACCCCGCUUACCUCACACAUCUACUCAAACAUUUUUGACAGGGCAUCUCCUAUAGUGGAACGGUGGUUGAGUUUGACACCUUAG